AUGCUUGCUACGUGGCUCGCCAAACAAUGGAUUGGAGGAUACGCAGCGAUUUCAGAGGGCACUGAGUUGUGUCUUCAGGAAGAUUUAGUCAGUUUUAUUGCGGAUAAAGUGAUAAAAAGAAUGACAAAUGAUGAGUUCACGAGGCUGGGACAGUUGGCGAAAAUCUACUUAUCUGAAAGUGUAUUUCUACUGGGUGAGACUCUGAAACUUGAUGAAUACCCGAAUGAACUUGAAAUAACUGAAAAAUGUGGAUUGAAAGGAGUGGCAAUGUUGGAAUCUGUUGAAUCAUUAAUUGGUGAAAAAACAAUGAUUUCGAAGAUCAAUGAGAUGAUUUACAAUUCGAAAAAAGGAGCUUACAGUUCAGAAACUUUAUACGGAUUGUUGAAUGGUACUGUCGAUUCGGAUAUCUAUGUUUCUCAGCUGCUUCAUUAUUGGCGAGAACACGGCGGUCUCCCAUACAUGACCAUUGAUAGACUCGGAAAUGCCAUAAAAAUCACUCAAAAUGGGUCAAAUAUGACUGUAAAGAAUGGAGUUGGAACAUGGGAACGAAUGCCUCUGUGGCCUCUACCACUGAAAUUCACUGAAUUCAAGUUGCCGAUUCAGAUUAUGAUUAGUCAUGGAAUACAACUCUCGCCUGUUCGAGAGGGAAUGAUUUUCUCGAAUUUAGGAUUUCCUAAUUACUAUCGAGUUAAUUAUGACAUUGACACGUGGCGAGAGAUCAAAACGAUUUUGACUGAAAAUGCCACGUCAUACACGUUGAGAGAACGAUUUCAGUUGGUUUCGGAUUUCUGUUACUUCUAUUCUAUUAAAUCUCUUCCUGAACCAGCUGCAUCAGUGCUACGGAAUGAAUUUGUUCAGCUUGUCCGUCUUCGACCUACAUCUUUUCCAAUUUGUGAUGCAGCAAUAUUUCAAUGCGUCGUAACUCAUGAACACACUCGUCCGAGACAUUUGGAUAAAAGUCAAAUGGUUCAAUUGAGACGGAAAGUGUUCGAUUCAUUCACUAAUUCGUCUGAAAUGGAAUGUCGUUCCGGACUUGCUCAUGAUGCUCUCAAUGAUCUUUGUACAAAAUUAUAUGGUAUCUCAUGUCUAUAA